AUGAUUUUCCGGGAGAACAUUCGCCCAGAGUGGGAGGACAAGAUGAACGCGCAAGGAGGGCACUUUCAAUUCCAGUUGAAGCCCAACAUUGGUGGUGGACAGGUGGAUGAGUAUUGGAACAACUUGGUAUUGGGGAUGAUCGGUGCGACCAUUGAACCGGCCAACAUGAUCACAGGGCUCCGAUUGGUGGACAAGCUCUCUGGUCCGAGGGCCGCCGGCGUGAUUCGCCUGGAGGUGUGGUUCACCAAUUACGAUGAUGCCUCCGCUGUUCAGGUGCUGAAAAAGAACGUGGAGAAGUGCAUGGCAACACGCCUGGCACUGUACUCAGAUCGAACUGGCCACAAGGGUCUCGCCGAGCGCCAAGACGUGUACAAUGAACAUUUGGCCCUCCAAAUGAACCGCGAGAGUUCGAAAGAAUGGACAGAGAGAUUCGACCGCGUUGGCGGGGCGCGGGGCCGCGCUGCCUUUCGAGGCUGGCGAGAUGGCUCGCGAGCUGCCGGGGUCAGCAGCCGGGGUCAGGUGUUUGGAGAUGUUUGCAGCUACCCUCCUGCAGACUGGACGAGAAGUUUCCCCUACCAGCUAGGUGUCACAUCUGACCUGCGAGUCCCGGACCCGAUGUCGGGACGCCCAGCGCGCCUGGUGGACGGGGCCUUCCGUGUGGUCUUGGAAGGCCUCCGACUGAGGUAUGGAGAACAAAGAAUGGACGCGGCAGAGGUCACCCCACUGCUCAAGAAGCCGCCUGCACUCUUCUCCCCCGGCCACCGAAUGCGAAUGAACAUUGUGCCAAUGUUCCUGAACAUCUUUAUUCCAUGGGGAAUCUACGUAUAUUGCUUCGGCCUGAGCUCCUUCUACCUGAUGUAUUCGAUGCCACUGAUCGCGUGGCUUUGCAUCUCGGUGGUUUUCCUCAUUUGGUUCCUCUUCGUCCUGGUCGCUUUCUGUGCUCGAAAGUACGACCCGGACCCGACUUGGUUCACCUUCUUCACCAUCUUGGCAGCCAUUUGUGCUGCUUGGGGCAUCAUUGCAGGGUUGUCCAACCUGCAUCAGUAUGAAGCUCCAUACUACACCCUGCUAGAGAUGUCGGACGCCAGUGGUCCCAAUGGCACCGGCGUUGACCCGGUGACCCUGUCGGGCGAAGACGUCAUGGAUGCAGGGAUGGUGACCUUCCAGGCCGGCUCCACCUUCGAUGCCCGGAGGACCUGGCACUUCAUGAAAGGCACCUUGUAUUGUGUCGCCCCCAUCGUGGGCCCCGGCGGCCUCGCGCCCUUGCGGCAGACCUAUGACUUCUGGGCCGUCGGUGCGGGGUUCCGCCGGACGGCCGGACGGUAG